CCUUAUCCGCUCUUUGUCUGAUUUUUUCGACUAACAGCCACCAUGAGUGGCAAUGGGGUAGCAAUUGCAUCGACCCAUCAUCCUUCGCAGUGUCAUCAAGCUCAGUUUUCAAGUUGCCCCAAAACCCAUCUCUUUUUUGGCCACUCCAGCUCCAAUUCGUCUCCACCAAUCGGUAAAGCUAAGAUCUUUAGUAAACGCCAUAGCUCUCUCAGACUCUGUAUGUCAAGAAGCUCUCGAGAUGCUCUGGUUUUUGGGACGAAUGGGAACCUUACAGACAAUCCGAUUACCAAAUUCAUUCUUCGUCGUGCAGUUUCGGCAUCUGCUUCUUCCUCUUCCCUCAGUGGCUCUGCCGGCGCUUUCCCGGAGCAGCUGUCGGAUACAGAGGAAAAGAAGAUGGUGAAGAAGAAAAAGAAAAAGAAGCAAAUAGCUGGCAUUGAUCAAGAUGAACUGGUGGAUCCUGAACUUUUAGCAGACCCAGACAGCUGUUUCUGCGAGUUCAGGGGUGUGAAGAUUCACCACAAGCUGUACGAAUCGCAAUCGCCAGAGGCAAAUGGCUCUUCGCCUCAAAUUGCUUCUUCUGAUUCUAACAAGAAGCUGGGGUUUCCUAUCAUCUUACUGCAUGGCUUUGGAGCUUCUUUGUUCUCAUGGAGCAGAGCGAUGAAGAGGUUGGGAGAAGCCACAUCUGCUCCUAAAGUUGUUGCCUUUGAUAGACCAGCCUUCGGAUUGACCUCCAGAGUGGAUCCUUCUUCUUCUUCCCUUAAGGCUGAGGAUCCCAAGCCAUUGAAUCCAUACUCCAUGGCGUUUGCUGUGCUUGCUACCUUGUACUUCAUUGAUUUCCUGAAGGCUGACAAAGUAGUUCUAGUGGGGCAUUCUGCUGGUUCUCUUGUAGCAGUCAAUACCUACUUUGAGGCUCCCGAUCGUGUAGCUGCUCUGAUACUUGUUGCCCCUGCAAUAUUUGCUCCCAAUCCAAGUUCAAAAGUUUCUAAAGGAAGUGAUUCGGGAAGAGGUAACCUUGGUGAAGGGGCUCAAGAGGAGAAAUCAGAUUCUAAAGGUGUGCUCGGAAAUCCAUUCAUUGCAUUGUUAAAGAAGUUGUCUCGACUUGCUGCGUCUAUAGCUCGGGCCACACUGAAACUGUUGAAUGGGAUGAUGAACAUGCUUGACUCCCUAUACAAGAAAGCAUUGUCUGCCAUUCUGUGCUCUGCCUUGGGCUUAAUGCUGAUAAGGAUGGCGAUUGACAAAUUCGGUGUACUUGCUGUGAAGAAUGCAUGGUAUGAUGCUCAGCAAGCCAAUGAAGAAAUUCUUAGUGGUUAUACCAAGCCAUUGAGAGUCAAGGGUUGGGACAAAGCUCUUGCAGAAUUCACUGCAGCAACUCUUGCAGCUGUUGACUCCGAAGCCAAGGCACCUGUAUCAAAAAGGCUUCAUGAAAUUACUUGUCCUGUUCUCAUAGUGACCGGGGAUACUGAUCGAAUCGUUCCUGCAUGGAAUGCUAAGAGACUUUCACAAGCCAUUCCUGGAUCUAGCCUUGAAGUAAUUAAGUAUUGUGGCCAUCUGCCACAAGAAGAAAAAAUGGAGGAGUUCGUGACUAUCGUCCAGAAGUUUCUCCAAAGGGCUUUUGGUGAUAUGGAGGAGCCAUCCCUGCAGCCUUCUCACUAGAAUUCAUGCUCUCUCUCUUUCAGGCAUGAUUUUGUUGUCUAUAAUAACACUAUGCUGCCAUUGAUUUUAGUUUGACAAGGAAAAUGUAACUCACACACAACAAUGUGAGGGACCAAGAAAAAGAGAUGAACCCAUCUUGUAUACUUCAUCACAUGAUAAAAUGAGCAUUGAGCG